AAAAAAAUAAAUAUAAAUAUUUCAAAUACCUCUAAAUAGUGCCAUUUACAAUUUCCGUAGAUAAAUAACAAAAUAAUAAUGCAGCAGUCGUGAUGUGCUGGAAUCGUUAAAUUAAAACAACAAUGACCCGCUUUGUUUAUAGCAACACACACAAACGCAACAACAAAAUGCACCAACGAAUUGCCACUAAUUAAUAUGCAGUUUUACAACAACAAAUUCUAAAAAAAUUGCUGAGCCACCAAAGUGCCAGUGUAACCAAGAAAUUACCGGUCGCAAAUGCUGAACUACCCCAUUAAGUGAACUUGGAUGUGAAACGACCUUCAAUUACACAGUGCCACAGAAAUUCCAAAUAAAAAUAAAUAUUCUGUCUAAAAAUUGUUAUUCCAAAGUGCAAUUUGUGAUUAUCUGUUAAAUUCCUGGAGAGAAGGGGUUAUAUAAAUUACAAAAACAAUCUUUGUGCUGGAAAUUUUCAAACUAUUGGAAAUCGUUUGCAAACAAAUUGAUAUCAAAUCACCGGACCAAAUUGGAAAAGGGGACGAAGUGAGACGAUAAUCAUACCGUCACGUGUCUUUUUGGUUUUGUGAAAGGAAACCAAACAAGGAAAGCACAAAGUUAAACACACACACACUCAAAUAUCCAUAGACCGCGCCAACCACAUCCAUCCAGAUCUUAUCCAUCCAACCAUUCAACGUUCGUUCGCCCGUUCGCUUGUUCGCUCUGCUAUAAAUGCUUGCCACAAACAGUUAAUAAUAAAUAAUACACCUCAGAAAAGAAAAGCAUAGAAAACCCAAAUCUCAAAGAUGUCACUAAAGAAAGAAACACCUUCAGAUGUUUUGCUGCAUUUGGCUGCGCUGAGAGGGGAUGACAUUACCCUGCGACGUGUCUUGGAUAGCGGGAAGGUGCAUGUGGAUUGUAAAGAUGAGGAUGGCACAACACCACUUAUAUUAUCUGCAGCCGGAGGCCAUACAACAUGUGUACUGGAACUUUUGGAACAAGGAGCCGAUCCAAAUAGUCGCCGCGCAACCGGAACUACACCAUUGUUUUUCGCUGCCCAGGGUGGUUACUUGGAUGUGGUGAAAAUACUAAUAAAGGCUGGGGCCAGUGUGGACACACCAUCAGUGGAUGGAGGUACACCCUUAUUUGUAGCCGCCCAGGGAGGUCAUGUGAAAUUGGUCAAGGAACUCUUGGACUGCGGUUCAAAUGUAAAUGCAUGUAUGAAGGAUCGUGCCACACCAGUAUUUAUAGCAGCUCAAAAUGGCCAUAGAACAGUAUUGUCACUGCUGCUGACAGCUGGUGCAUAUCCCGAUACGAAACGGAUAGAUGGUGCCACACCCCUUUGGAUAGCAGCACAAAUGGGCCACGAUCACAUUUGCAAAGUGCUGCUACAAAACGGUGCCAAUGUGGAUGCUGUUCGAUGCGAUGGUGCCACACCACUGUUCAAGGCGGCACAUAAAGGUCAUGCAGCUGUGGUCACUGAGUUACUGAAACAUCGUCCAAAUUUGGGGUUACUACCGAAUGGUGAAACCGCACUGCAUGCAGCUGCCAUGUUUGGUCACAUGACCGUGGUAAAGCAGCUAAUCGCGGCUGGAGCCGAUAUCACGCAGGUCAAUCAGGAUGGUUUAACGGCCCUACAAGUGGCUCGCCAGCAGAAAUAUUCCUCCAUUUGUGACUACUUGCAGGAGAGAUUACGAAAUUUGCAGGCCCGUAAUCAGCAAAGCUAAAAGCCAUCCCCUAAUCGGAACCCCAACAAAAAUCAAUAACAUUUAGAAGCAGAGCUUACAUAAAUAGAGCUUUUAUUUCGUCCCUACAAGGAUACAAACUCGAACAUAAACAUAACAUGCAAAUAACGGAUAUUUCGACACAAUUUCACAUUCACACACAUUCAUACACAGACACACUUGCAGCUUUAAGAGUUUACAAAAACCUUUGUCGAAAUAUCCCCAAAACGAAUCCAUUUUUUUGUGGAUGAAAAAAACCCUAUUCGAAUAUUGUCUAAAACCACAAACCAAACAAACAAAACAAACCGAAAAUUUAACGGAUGACAAACAAUUUUUGCCUUUUUUAUCGAUAAGUUUUUUGAGUCUACAGAUUUUAUGUGGAAUGCCUCGAACACUAAAUGAUUAAGCACCGCGUCCAUUUAUUGACUUUAUUAUUACAAAUUUAUAAUAAAAAACAAAAAAUAA